CCAGUUUCACUUCCGGGGUCAACUUCAUGUUGACGUUUGGUGAAGCUUGUGCUAAGCUAAUGGCUGAAUUAGACAUCGGAAAGCACUGUCAAAUCCAUUCUUGUCACCAAAAAGAUUUCCUUCCAUUUGUUUGCGAUUUCUGCAAUGGAGUCUACUGCCUUGAACACAGAAGCAGAGAGGCUCACUCGUGUUCACAGGAGCCUGUGACAAAAGCUCCACAACCCGUAGGCAGCAGCACAAGCCAUCCUUGCUCCUUCGAAGACUGCAAGGGAAAAGAACUUCUGCCGGUCAUCUGUCCACAGUGUGACAAACACUUCUGUUUAGCCCACCGCCAUCAAGAUGAUCACAAGUGUGAGAAGCUGGAGGUCCAAAAACCACGCAUGGCAGCUACCAAGGAGCUUGUGCAAAGGAUUGUUGAGUCAAAAGAUGGAUCUAAAAGCAAAGGACGUAAAGGAGCGAAGAACAGCGCCACGGCAGCAAAAGUAGCUCUCAUGAAACUGAAGCUACAUGCUGCAGGCGACAAAAGUUUACCACAGACAGAGAGAACCUACUUUCAAGUAUAUCUGCCUAAAGGGUGUCAGGUGACCAGUCAGCCCAUGUUCUUCUGCUCUAAAUGGAGUGUGGGGAAGGUGGUGGAUUAUGCAGCUUCGCUUGCUUCACUCAAGAAUAACAACAAUGUGCUUGCAGCUAAGAAGUUGCGCCUCUGCCAUCCCGAAACGGGCAAGUCGUUGCGUAUGGAGGAGAGUUUGCACACACUGCUUACCAGUCCGGAAGACCCCCUUCACAAUGGGGGCAACGUGAUCCUGGAGUACCUGGAUAAUGAUAGCAUGGGUGUGGAUGAUGUAACAAACUAUAUUGCACUCAGAUGACUGAAUAAGACAAUAAAAUGUAAGUAUCACCUUGAGUAUCUGCUCGUCUGUGUUUCACAGGUUCAUCACAAGGUGUAAAUAAGAGAUUAAAUAAUGAUUUUGGUUUCCUUUACACUUGAUGGCAAUUUUGUUUUAUAUGUAUGUAUGUAUUACAUUAAUGCCAAUACACCCAACCAAAAUGUUUCUUUUUUUUUAAUUUUUUUAUUUUUUUAUACCUGAUUACUCAUGAAUUAGUACUACAGGUAGGUCUUGAAAUCCUUAUAUUUUAAAUUGCACUGAAUUAUUUGAAAUUAACAAGCAUGUUUUUUUUUUUUAUAUUCUAGUUUUUUUGUUGUUUUUUUUGUGAGAAUGUGUGUGAAAUUUGCCCCAAAAUUGUCAUUGAAUUGUUUAAACACUUAUAUUUCACUUUAUCAAAACUGCUGGAAGUUUGGAACUAGCGCUGUAACCAUUAUUUAAUUUAAAAAAUUCAACUAAAUAAAAGAUUCGAAUUAAGUUUUUCUGCUUCAAGUAUUUGUUUAAUUCGAGUCGCAUUGUAAUCGUUUGUUUUGAAAGUGUUCGCAUUUAGUUUUAUUUAUUUGGUUGGAUACACUUCCCUCCAGUGGCAACAGUGCAUAUGAGAUAACUCAUCUCACAUGGCUGAAUCCAGCUGCUCACUGUUAAGACCAACAUAAGGUAGGUUUCUGUUUGAGCUAAUGUUUUUUUUAUGCAUUCAUAAUUUAGUUUAUAGGUAUACCAGUAUGUACCUUGAUAAUGACAGCAUGGGUGUGGACGAUGCAACAAACUAUAUUGCACUCAGAUGACUGAAUGACAAUAAAAUGUAAGUCUGUGUUUCACAGGUUCAUCACGAGGGGUAAAUAAGACAAUAAAUAAAUAAAUAUUGAUUUUGUUUUCC